ACGCCCAUUUCCUUCAGCACCCAGAAGGCGUCAGUCGGGAUGUAAACAGUCCGAUCGUGGCAAGAUGGCGGCGCGGUGCCUGUCGCUGUGCGCUUGCUCCUUACUGCUCGCUUUGUUCGGCUCGGCCGACGCGGCCUCAAGACAGCUGGACAAGGAAAACAUCCUUAUCAAUGUGACCGCUGUGGGGGAUUCAGGACAGGAGACGCACAGACUCCAGAUAAAUUUUAACAUAUCUGUGGUCGGAGAGCAAAUACUUGUUAAUGACAUUCCUGUGAAGUUGUCAGGAGUGACAAGGCUAACCUGCCAAGCUUUGCUCUUGAACAGCAGUAGUGAGAACAGUAGCAGGUACGCGCCUGGCGUCUUCGUGACGGCUGUGACCCGCGUACUGGUACGCCAGUGGCCCCUGGAGAGUGAUUCCCGGGUGGAGCUGCUGGUCUUCAAUGAAGAAGUAAUUGAGGUGGAGGGAAAAAAGGUCCAACAGCCAGACAUGCAUGAGGUCAAUAUUCUGAUGAACAAGAACUUCCAGAAGCUCAGACAGUCGACGUAUUCGUACCCAUUGCCGGAGAGCAUGCUCUUCAGUAUUCCCAGGGAGAGCGAUGUGGUUGUGACAGACCCCAAUUCCCCGGGAAAAGCGGGGGACCAAGACAUCCUGCACACCACGAGCCACUACCCCCUCAAACAAGCCGAGACCACCCAGGAAGAAGUGGCGGCCCCCGGCAAGCUACCUGAGACACCCCUGCGCAUGGACCCCGCUCCCUGGUACGAGGAAGACACAACAGCGGAGGAAGGCCGGCUCCCAGACAAGCUGCUGCCUGAAACGCCGCUCCGGUCCGAGUCUCUGUCCUCGUACAACGCUUUGUGUCGGUGGGUAGAGGACCUGAGGGACAAGCUGAGACAGUUCUGGGCCGAGUCUCUACCCAUCUUCUUCCUGGUCAUGUGGGUCGUGGUGGUGGGGGUCGCUGGGUCAGCGGUCAUCAUCAAGAUGCUAGAUGUGGUCUUCCCUUCCUGUGACCACAAAGGAAUCCUGACGCUAAGUCCCGUGAUGCUGGUGCCAAAGGAGGACGAACAGUGUUUGCUGGAGAAUUGCAAGGUGGACGUACAGGAGGAGAAACAGCCCUGAGGACGGGCUUGGGGAUGAGGUCACCAGGCACCGCCAUCAUUGUAAGAGGUUCACUGCAAUCCUAUGGUCAUGAGACCCAAGUUCCUUUCCAGAGGAGUAUUUUUCCUCAAGAAAAUUAAAAUUAUAUAUAUUCCUUUGUAUCUUUUCCAUCUCAAAAAAAGCACCAAGACUUGCAUUUUAGGGCACCAGAUUGUAUCUGUAUGUAAUAUGACUCUGUAACAUCUCCGUGCCUCCAGAAUACCUUUAAUUUUCAUUUUAAAGGACAGUAUAUUUGUUUGUUUUGCUUGGUCAAUGUUGAUUUGAAGUGACUCUGUACAAGGUAAUCCUGUAUAUGUCAAGGCCACUGGCUCCCCUUUGGAUUCCAGUUUGGAUUCAGACAAUGGAUGAAUGGAUAUUCACUAGCUAUUAAGAGUAUUUCAGAUGAUACCUGUUAUUUGCACACAUUAAGGCCCCGACCAGAGGCAGUAUGUAUGUAAUAUUGCCGAGAGGAAGGGCCGAGGCAUAAAACAUUAAGGGAUUAACACUAACAAAGCUUUGGUAAUCGUCCAAUCAAUACACACCGUCAUGGACUUGAGAUGAAUAUCAUCCUAGUGCCCAACAAUGUUUCUUUCCCAGCACUUUGUCCAUAAAACAGGUCGAAGGUUCCAAUCCUUGCACUUAUAAUGGAUUCUACGCUAAUGGGGCCGGCUGUGAGGAGCAAUGAAUGUAAUUGUGAGACGCCUGCCACUGAAAUCGUUACAUCCACCAUUAAGUCUUGCUAGGGUGCCCUCGUUAAAAUGUACGUAGAUGGUGGGGGGGGGUACAGCAGUUACUCUGGAAUGCAAUCGCAUCAAAAGCGAUUCCCAGAGACGCAGUUGCAUUAAUCGCGAGAGAGAAGUGAAGUUUGCAGUUGGCUGGGCCUCGAUCGCGGCACCACGCCGGCUUGUGUGCGAGGUGCCAGAGCGGGGCAGCAUGUGUGUGUGUGUGUGUGACAUUUUCAGACUGUUUUAAACCCCCCCAUUCCGCUGUUCAUUGCUGAAAACCCCGUUAAAUAAAACACGUUUCUCUAACAC